GCGAGGAAGUCGCAAGAUGGCUGAUGUCGCUUGGAAGUAAUGUUCCCCUCUGCAACAUGAAGCCGUGAGUGUGGAAGAAAGCGAGGGAGGCACCAUCGGGCUUUUAUUUUUAUUUUCUUUUAGUUACUUUUAUUUUAUUUCGUCAAACAUCCAUCUCAUUCCGCGUCGUGUCGGCCCCGGACUUGUCUUCGGGAGUUGACGCGUCAAAUCACGCCGGGGACCCUGCCAGCAGCUAAGAGCUAGCCACACAGUUAGCAAAUGUUAGUGCAGCCUAGCAAGACAGCCAGGCACAUAGCUUGUUAGUUUGUUUUAAUUGAUAUUCAAACACAUGCGAGCCAAUAAGAUACCUACCGCUGCUGAAAUUUGGCUGCGUUAAUGCAAAAUAAAUGUCAAAUGUUUUAGCUGUCAGAUGAAAGUAACGAAUUUGCAAGCUGCUCGGUUAAACAUCAUGUCCGCGAACUGGCCAUCCAGCCUAUGGGUUGCUAACUAAUGCGCAGUAUUGCAUCUGUUUUAUGUGCACAAACCAGCAGCUAAGUUAUUUUAGUGGCGUUUUUCAACAAUAUCCACCACCUCGCUGCAUUUCCGUUGUUUACUGCCAACUACAUUUGUGAAGCUGGUUCUGUUAAAGCCAAAUUAUGGGAGCAGGAAAAAUGUUGAACUUUUUCUGGCUGUAGGUAGCUACACUGGCCUUGCUGGCAUCUAACCAAAAAUCCACAGGGAUGGACACUAAACUGAGCAGCCACGACCAAAACUGAAAAAUAAGCAUUGGAAUAAGGAAAGAUAGCCGACACACUGGUACAACAGUGCAUGGUGACACAUUUCACAAGUGAGAGUGACAGAGAAGUUGUUUUGCAGGGUUAACUUAACCACAGUUAGUCACUACAUCGGAGACCAGUUAGCUUGCCUGCAGUGCACAGCUAGCUACUGUCUCGCCCCACAUCACAUUACAAACACGGCGUACAGGACGUAUUCAGAGCCCGCUCCCGGCCAGACACACAGGCUCAACAACACCGUCAUGGGAGUUCAGGGUUUUCAAGAGUAUUUAGAGAAGCGGUGUCCCGGGGCCGCAGUCCCGGUGGACCUCCUGAAGCUUGCCCGUACCGCGGCCCGCCAGCCCCCUCACCACCAUCACCCACACCACCACCCACAUCACCCCGGGCCCAUGCCUCCCCCGCCCCCGCCUACCAGGAUCCUAAUCGACGCUGACUCCGGCCUGCAGCGCCUCUACGGCGGCUACCAGACGGACUGGGUGUGCGGGGGCGAGUGGAACGCCAUGCUGGGCUACCUGGCCGCCCUGUCACAGGCGUGUCUGUACCAGGGCGGCCUGGAGCUGGUCGUGGUUUUCAACGGCACAUUGGGGAAGGAGCGCUGGCCCGAGUGGGCGCGGCGAGUUCAGGGCCAGCGACAGACCGCGCAGCUGAUAGUCAACCACGUCGGCAGCAAGGCCACCCCGCCCCCGCGGGCAUGGUUCCUGCCCCCGGCCUGCCUCAGCCACUGCGUCCGCCUCGCCAUGUUCCGCUUCCGAGUGCGGGUUGUACAGACUUUGGAGGACCACCACCAGGAAGUGCUGUCUCUGUACAGAGACUUUGGAUUCGCUGGCCUCAUCGCUCAGGAUUCUGAGUUCGCCCUCUGCAACGUACCCGCCUACUUCUCCUCACACGCGCUCAAACUGAGCUGGAAUGGCAAGAACCUGACCACACACCAGUACCUGCUGUCUGAGGCCGCCCGGCAGCUCGGGCUCAAGACACAGCACCUGCCCUGCUUCGCUGCUCUGCUGGGAAAUCAUAUUCUGCCUGAUGAGGACCUGGCUGCCUUCCACUGGAGUCUGCUGGGACCAGAACACCCACUAGCUUCUCUCAAGGUGCGAGCCCAUCAGCUGGUGCUGCCACCCUGCGAGGUGGUGAUCAAGGCCGUUUCAGAGUACGUCUCCUCCAUCAAAGAUCUAGGAAACCUCGACGCCAUUGCCAGAGAUGUCUUCAAACAGUCACAGUCUCGUAUGGAGGACAAGGUGGAGCGAUUCAAGAAAGCUGUGGAGUAUUUCUCUGCUGCCUCCAAACCACGCUCACCCAACAUGGGGCCCUCGUCUUUCAUCUUACCUGGGUUUGGACCCAAUCCUUUUGGGGGACCACCUGGUCACAUGGGACCGAUGCAGCCUGGAAAGAAUCAGUUCCCUCCUCCCCAGGUACCGGGGUUUAAGCCACCCUAUCAAAAUGCACCAUACGGACCUGGCUCCAACCCUCUGUUCCAGAACCCGCCGCCGUCCCAAGACUGCAAUGACUCAUUGACGGGCAAGAUGGGCUUUUCCGAUUGGUCUGCUCCAUACGAUUCUGCUCAGGGAGGAAGUCGAUUACCCAACCAUCACACCGGCGCUCAGUCCGGUCCUUCUCCGUCUCCCUCCUCGUCAUCGGAUGGAGAUGAGCCCAACGAUAGCAACGCAAACCAUUUGACGGACAAGCCCUCUCGGUGGGAGGAUCCCGCUGGUAGAGGGGGCUCUGCCUCUGGAGACGGUUCCCAAGGCAACGGGAGCGGGUCAAACAUUCCGUCACUGUUGUCUAUGGCGACGCGGAGUCACAUGGACAUAACCACACCCCCUUUACCUCAGGUCAGCGCUGAGGUUCUUCGUGUAGCUGAACACAGACACAGAAGAGGACUGAUGUACCCCCAGAUUUUCCACAUAUUGACCAAGGGAGAGAUGAAGAUGCCAGUGUGUAUAGAGGAUGAGUGUAACUCCGAGCUGCCGCCUGCCUCUCUGCUGUUCCGCACUGCCAGACAGUACGCGUACGGUGUCCUCUUCAGUCUGGCUGAAACACACCGCCGCCUGGAGAGGCUCGCUCUCCGCAAAAGGACUCCCCUGGAAGUUCCUCCGGUGAUCGUCAAAGAGUGGAGCAGCGGCAAAGCCAAGUCGGCUCUGACUCCAGAGCUGGUCCCAGCCCUAUGUUUCCGGGAGUGGACCUGUCCCAACCUGCGGCGCCUUUGGUUGGGUCGAGCCAGCGAGGACCGCUCUAGGAGAACCAGGGCCUUCCUGGCAUGCCUACGCUCUGACUGCCCAGCCCUCCUCAACCCAGCACAGGUCCCCCAGCAUCUGCUGCUCAUGUGCUGUGUGCUCAGGUAUAUGAUGCAGUGGCCUGGAGGAAGGAUUCUUCAGAGACAUGAGCUGGAUGCCUUUCUGGCUCAGGCUGUUUCCAGUCAACUCUAUGAACCCGACCAGCUACAAGAGCUCAAGGUGGAGAAGGUGGAUGCCCGUGGUGUGCAGCUGGCUUCUCUCUUUAUGGCCGGCGUUGACACAGCGCUGUUCAUUAAUGAUGUGUGCGGCCAGCCGUUGCCAUGGGAGCACUGCUGUCCAUGGGGCUUCUUUGACGGCAAACUGUUCCAGAGUAAACUGGCCCGGGCCGCCCGCGACCGGGCCGCCCUGCUGGACAUGUGUGAGGGGCAGGAGGAGCUGGUGUCCAAGGUGGAGAAGAUGCGUCAAGCAAUCCUUGAGGGCAUCAACCUAUCUCGCCCUCCUCCUCCUCCCCCUCCUCUUCCACCUCCUGCCUUCUUGCCCCCAGCCAUGGUGCCCCCUUUCUACCCCAUGCCUCCACUCUACCCUCCUCGCCCCAUGGGCGGUAUGCCUCCUCAUCACCACCCACAUCAUCCACAUCACCCUGCCCAGCACAGACCCAGAGCCUUCCCAGGCAUUCAGUCCAUCCCCCCUCAAGGAGGGAAACUGGAGAUAGCCGGCAUGGUUGUGGGCCAGUGGGCUGGGAACAAACCCAUCCGUGGGAGAGGGGGGUUCAACAUGCAGGUGGUGUCAGUAGGAGCAGGGAAAGGGAGGGGUAAAGAGAUUCCAGUGAAAGCAAGGGGGGUGAAAAAGCCUCCUGCCAACAGAUCACAGACGUCGUCAUCCCCCACAUCCAGCAGCCCCCCAAAGCCGUCAGAGGAGGCGGGCUCCACGCCAGAGGUUGCCUCUCAGCAGCUGAACGGCAGCUCAGCAGCCUCCGCCAUCGGUCAGCCCUUGGAGCUGGCCCCCCUGGCCCAGCCAAUCCCGUGUGCCUUAGCCAGCAGAGACAACCAAUCAGAGGGGGUGGAAGUGGAGGCCCCCUGUUGCCUUGACGACUGCCCGUCAGACGGAGCACUACAGAAGGAGGAGUGAUGGCGUCCCUCCCAGGAUGCACUGCUCUGAGAGAGUUCUCUGUGUUCGACUGCCUUUCCCUGUUUUUGUAGCCCUGCCUGCUAGCUGUGACAUCGUCACAUGGAGCAGAAAGUGACGCUCCUCGCCUCCUCGCUGCUCCAUGUGAUCGGCUCAGCGGUUAGCUGUUACUUCCUUUUUAGUUUUCUCAUGUGGUUUUACGACAUUGUUUUAUGAAGAGAGGUUUUCUCCAUGAGUCUGUAAGCGCCCCGCCCCUUAAGAAUCCUAAACGCCUCCCUCCCACACCCAGAGUAAAAUAAGCUUGAAGCCCCGCCCCCUUCUAUGACCUUCCCCCUCUAAAAAGAGCCCCCACCCUUGAGUAUGGGUAUCUGUACAGUUUGAAAUUGUUAUUUUGUGUUUUUGAUGGUCCCUUUGUUUGAAUCUCUGCACACAGAUGUAAAAGCUUGCGGUUACGGUGACAGAUUGGAUGUGGUUUCCAUGGUUACAGCCUGGUGACCAUGGUUGGUAGUUGUGUGUUGAUGCGAUUUGUUGCCAUGGCCUUGACGUGUGAGGUUUACAUGAAUCCAGAGAGACGUUCAGAGUUCGACUCUGGAUGUGAGUUUAUCUGUGCAGUGACCCUUGUCCCCCAAACUCCAGCAGCACUGCUAAACACACAGUGUUAGCACUCCCCCUUAUUGAUUGAUGAUUGAUUGAUUGGUUUUUUUAUAACAGGAGCACUUCUGCACCACCAUGGUAUUAGCGUGCUAUCUUACUUUGACCUAUGUAGCAAAGCCUAGUGCUUAGCUGUGCUAAGAAACCCCAUGAAUUUAUGCACCUUAUGCCCCAAAGUAUGCAAGAUAUUACCCCGCUCCUAAAAAAAAAGAAAGAAAAGUGCAUUAUUAUAAGAUCCUCCCAUCCCCCUCGCUCCUUUCUCCAAAAGCUUUGAUUGUAUUGUCCCAACAGAAGCACUUAUUGUUGUAUUUAAAUAUAAUGAAUCUGAACAAGCCCCUGUACAGGUGAAUUGACCGUGUGAGGAGUGUUCCCCACGCAUUAAUAAAUCCUUAUAACAUGUAGAACUACAUUUAAAGGUAGAGAUCUAUUUGAGAGACGUCAGAAUGUGAACAGAGUGGUUUCAGACAAAGAAGCACUUUGUUUUAAAAAAUGUUAAACCACACUGGACUGUCCUCUACCAGGUGAUAAAGAAACGAUAAACUCUUGAAGCACCUUCUGGAGUUAAGGCCAAAAAGAAAAGUAUAAUGCUGCCCAGCAAAAAGAUGGAGAUGAAUGCUGAGGGUUUGGGUGACUGCUGCCAGGCAGAGUUCCCCUCAGACUGGCCUCACGCAUUCAUCAAGAACCUUGAAAUGAAGCUGAAAGGACUCCUGGUUCUCAGGAAAUCAUUUCAGAUUUCUAAAAAAGUUAUUUCCAAAGUGUAUUUUAAAAGGCUCGCCUGCACAGGCAGCCAGUGAUAUAUAUAUAAAGGGGGUUUGGCGACAAAGCCUCAAAGAUUCCUCCACCCUCCGGUGGUGAUUGAGCAACUGUUGCCACAACGAUAGCCCAACACCGAGAGCUGCUGCCCCCCGCACAGCUCCGGUGUGUCACUUUAUAGACCAGCAGGAAGCACUUACCUGCCCCGAAGCCCCUCGGCCGAGCACGGCGGAGGCUUUAUGGGUCGGAUCACAUGACAGGAGAGAGAGAGGCCUCAUGGCGGACCUCAACGUGCCGCUCACAAUCCUGAGACUUCUACAGUAAUGAAUUGUUUUAUUAGAGCACUUAUGUUUGUAGAGAAAGAGAUGUGUCCCCAAUAUGUAGGUUUCAUCUGACUAUGGAAAUACAACUUUUAGCACAACUGCAAAUGUAAAGAGCAGUGGAGCGACAGAAAACUGCCUGAGAGAUGUUGGCCAUGAACAAGAAAAUCUCUUCCUGAAAGAGAGGCUGAAUGAGCUCACUCUGUUAAAAAAAAAAGUCAACAAGAAGCACCUUAUUUUCUUACUAUGUUGAUGACUUGUGCUCAGUCGUGUGCCACAGAAUUGACAUGGAUACAAAGCUCUUCUGAAAACGCCGCUAUGAACUUGGAAGGACAAAACCCUGACUAUAUCUGUAAGUGUUAAUGUAGUCGUGUCAGACAUCCCCUCAGUUACAGACCAUUACAGUGAAAACGCUGACAGUUCUCACCCCAGCCGAGAGCGUAGGCCUACGCUCGGCGACACAGGGCUGGGGCCGCGCCACCGUCUCUUACACCAACACCAAAUGAAAUCCGAUGUUCGGACUCGUUAGCCGUUAUUGGUAGGGAUUAAGCACACGCUCGUGUGCUGUAGGUGUUUCUAGGUUAAGAGUAGGAACCAGCGUCAGGAUUAACACAGAACUGUAAUACACAGACACCAAGACUAGGCUAGAGAUUAUAGCUCCACUGGCCGAAAUACUAAGUCUAGAAUAACUAGGAGUCAUAUACUUAACUGCUUUCAACUUUUGACAUUAGUACAAAUAAAUGUAUCGCAGCAGUACAUUGUUAGAAGAUGGCUUUUUUCUGCGGCGAGCCAGAGCGUGAUUCGGUAUAUCCAUGCCCUCUCUCUCGAUUCGCUCGCCAGACACAAACACACACACACAUGACACAAAUACACGAAAACACACACACACAAAAAGACGUUCAGUUGCAUUUGUUACCAGCAGCGUUCUCUCUGCUUUUGUGCUGAAGUGAUUUUGUGCAGUUUCAGUUCCCAGUGGAGUGGUCGUCAGUUCAUCAGAGAUCAUUUUUUUUUGGUAACACAUUCGACUGACUCCACAUUUUUCAAGAUUGCAUGGAGGGAAUUUCAAAAUAAAAAACAUGUUAAAGAGGUGUGUCAGGGCGUAGGCACAGAGACACAUUUACACACAUUUACACACACGGAUACAUAGAUGUUAAACCCUGAGUUACACAGUAGCUAGUAUGGAAAAAAAAAAUCAAACACAAUACAUGAUGUAGUGUCCCUCUCUUGUCCUUGUCUGUUUUAGUUCGAUAGAUAUUUGAUCAGUGAUUUUUUAUGCUUGUUAUCCUAACUCCCCCCUCCCUCCUGCUGUGACACUUUCUCUCGCCUCUGCGUUCCCGAAACUGUUCGUUCACUCCUUUUCUCUGCCUCCUCUUAGAGAACACGCAUCCACUCAUACAGACACUAAGCAGACACAAACACGACCAAACAUUCUACACGCAGAUUAACCGCCCUCUCCCCUCUUUGUAUUUCAGUUCUCUCUUUCACUCCCCCCCUCUCUGCCUCUCCUGUAGCCCUUUUAGGACCGUUUCUAUUGGCCGUUUUCUCUUUUCUCUUUGGGCUGCCCCGCCCCCUUUAAUCAACCCAACUAACAGUAAAGGUUAUAUUAACGUUGAUAAUCAGUUUCUGUAUGUAUUUAGCCAGAGUCUGGAAAAAAAAUCAGAAAAAAAAUCAAAACGGUUUUAUUCAAUUGUGCAAACGUGUUUUUCUUACUAUUUUAAUGUUAUUACAUCUUUAAUCUAAUCCUUCUACCAUUGCUUCAGUUAGUACUGAAAUACGCUUAGCCAACCUAGAGAUUUGAACUGUAAUGAUUGCGAUUUUCCUUACCUGUAUUUUAUAUGGCAUCUUUAGACCACCGUUUAUUCUGUACGUUAAGUAACUAUUGCCCGUUUCUUUGAAUUGAAAAUCGUCGUCUGCACUAUGUUUGAUUCUCAUGAUAUCCCUGAUAACGAUUUUUGUGGUCGACUCAUUAUUAUCAAUCUAAGCUGAACUCUGCGCCCUUGCACAAAGCAGCGAAACAUCUCUUGUAAACACCUGAGAACCAAAGUACACCUAACAUCCCCUUUUACCCCACUCUAAAGCCCCUAAAGCCCCGCCCCCGUACGUCGACGGUUUGCCCCCGAGUAACAAGUUUUCUGACGAGUAUGAGUAUAUAUAUAAUGACAUAACAGCACGUGUGAUUUAUCUGAAAAGUCUGUGAGGUUAUGGUGUUUUUGUACACUGUGGUUGUUGUGGAGACGCAGACAGACAGGGAAGAACGGUUGUGUUAAAACUGAAUACAGGCUGACUCCAGGUCGACACGAAAACAAGAAGGAUCGACACCUGACAAACAUGCUUUCAGUCAUUCUGGGGUUUUGGCGCCCUCUUUUGCAUUUUUUUUUUCUUUAACUUAAAAACCAUCGUGCUCUCCCAACUAUGCCUUUAACUUCCCAGGCUGGAGGUUUUGUUACUGAGUGGCUUUAUGUGUAAUGGAGCAGAAUUGUCCUCUAAGCACUGAUCUGAGACCCUCAGGAUGUUGAACCACCUUUAAAUGGAAAGAAAAAAAAAACUAGGCCAAGAAAUAUUUGUAGAGACUUCAGAGCUGAUAGAAUUGGUGGGACAGUAUAUUUGGAAAAUGAUCAGUAAAUCUGCAACUAUGGGUUUCGCUGUGCUGCAUUAAGGUUGUUAAAAUUUGUUGAUAGAUCAUGAUCAAUGGAGAUGGGGGUUGUUGCAUUUAGUAGGUAUUAAUACCCUUUAGAUUCUCCAAGUCCUUACUGAUACUACUGGAUGAUAAUUCAUUUUUAAAGACGUAUCAUAAGCAGAUUAAAGUGUUAUACAAGUUGCGAAGUUGCAUUUCAAUCUCUUACAUCCAAUUUAUACUGCUAGGAAAACUUUAUUUAGUCAAAUUUCUUGCCUUUUUUGCCUUAAAGUUACAUUUGAACACAUUUUAGUGUUUGAUUUACAUUCACCUCAUAAUUAUUUUACUGAGCUGACCUUGAACACAUAAAAUGAACGUCUGUCAGCUCUUAAUUAGAGCUAAAUAACUUUGAUUGGGCAGAUUGAAACUUAAAUUUCAAUGUUGGAUUAUCAGGUUUUACCAACGGGACUUGUUGCAUAGUUUUUGAGAGCCGAUUUGGCUGAUUUAAGCAGAUGAGGAAGAUAACGCCUACAGCAGCUUGGGAGUCUGCUACUCUCAGCAGGAGUCAGACUGUCAGGCCUACAGCUGAAGGUACCACACUAGUUUGAUUUCACAGUGCUAAUGUGCUUUGAGCUCAUGUUCCUCCUUGCCAAGUUUAUGCACCAGUGAUAUGAUAAACUGGCAUUGACACAGGAUCCACAAGACUCAAUAGUGGCAUCAAAAAGCAGAGUUUGAAUGCAGAACCAAAUCCUUAUGAAACAGGGUUUUGAUCUCCAUCUCCAUUUGUAAAAAGUUAAGAAACUUCUGAUAGCAUCUAUUUCAAAAGAUGAGGUCGUGGGAGAGAAAUGUACCCACCAAAAACUGCAGGAAAUUUCCCCCACACUGUCUGAAUUGCACAUAAAUAUUGAAAUUUUCAUUGUGCUGAAGUUGCAAGCUUUUUGUGCAUUUAAGUCAGAGUGUAAUUUAAAUUUCCCUGUUAUUUUACCGAGUUGACCUCAAACACAUCGUGAAGCAAACAUUGGUCAGCUCUUAAUGAGAGCUAAUUCACUUUGAUUGUGCAGAUUGCAACACAAAUCACUUCAUCACAGACAAGAGUUUCAAACUCCAUCUUCAGUUGUAAAUGUUCAGAAAUUUUGAAUAACAUCUUUUUCAAAAUAUAAGGUCAUUCUAGAGAAAGGAAUCCAUCUGAAAUUGCAGGAAACAUCUAAACACUGUCUGAAAUGCACAAAAAUAUUGGAUGUUUUAUUGCAUGAAAGUUGCAGAUUUUUUGUGCAUUUUAGACUGAGUGUAGAGUUUGUUAGUGAUUUUUGAUUGUUUGAAUUAAACAUCCAAAUUUUGAUUCUUAGGAAGAGAUGUUUGCAACAGAUUUGGCUAGAAAAACCUGCCACUAUCAGCUGUAAACGUUGGCUGUAUGAACAAAUAAGACCGGGGAGUUUAAGGCUGGACCAACAGACCUACAUCAGCUGAAAUGUUUUUCUUCAUCAUUCUUAACACGGACUGAAAUUUGUUCAUCUUAAACUUUAAAUUUUGUGUUUUAAGACGUACCUACAAUUUAAGAUUAUCAGCUGAAAUUAAUUUGCAUAUAUCUGCAAAAAUCCAGUAUUGGCAUCCCAAAUAUUUUAUUACUUAGUGUCCAGGUUUAAAUUCUACUAUCAUGGCAACCUUAUGCUGCAUUUCCUUUAAAACGGCAUCAGUUCAACCACUUUCUGAUAAGUAAAUUUAUAGAAAAAGGGGAAAAUAAAAAGUUUAAAUUCAUUUUUCGGGAAGUAAUCGACUGUUUUGUCACUUUUGAAGCAAACUUUUGCUUGUUUUUGCAUCAUAAAUAAGAAAAAUCACGCCUGUUCUAUCAGCUCUGACAGUGAAAUGUUUUCUGAUUUUGUGAUUUUCUCCGGAUAAGUCAACAUGAUUUAAAGCUGUCGAUUUCGCAGAUCACACUAAAAAUCAGUGAUAAAAAUAUUCAAUAAAUAUUUCAGCCCUUAAAGUCUUACUUCUGUAAAGUAAUCCCUAAGAGUGAAUUUUGGAAGUCCUUUCUGAAAGACAAAGAUUUAAAAGCCUCAAAUCUCAGCUCAAGUGUCUAGAGGAAAAUUCUGGCUCUCUGUGACUGAUGAAAAGACUAAUGACAUCCUGCCUCACUGCCUACGCGAAAGGGAAGCAUCUCUGAAGAGCUUGACAAUGUAAAGAGAACCAAAAGUCCCAGAAUAGAAGUGUACGAUGUAGUGUUGUAGAAGUCAAACAGUGUUAUUGUCUGUCAUACAGAAUGUGGAAAGGAAUCAUCGUUGUGUUGUACCUGUUCUGAUGUAUUCACAGGAUUCUCACAGCUUUUUGUCCAGUUUGAAUAAAGGUCCCUAUUCUGUCUGUCUCUCUCUACACUGCCACUACCCCCCCUCAAACGCCCCCCCAAGCUCCAGUAUAAUCCCCCUCCCUCCCCUGUUGCUGAGUCCUAAUAAAGGACUCGAGUUGAAGUCAGUCUCAAGUCAGCCACAAGUGUACCGAUGCAUGUACUUCAGUACCCAGGGCCGCCCAAAACUACCUGUGCAGCGAAAAGGGUUAAAAAUUUAUCCAUAAUACUAUUGUUAUAGAACUAUUAUCAUCAUCAUUAUUGCUGUUAUAAUUAUGGUUGGUAUAAUUUGUCAUCAUUGUUAGCAUUAUGGAAGCACCAGACUGUUUGUGGAAAGACGAGAAAAAGAAAGCUUUUUUUUUUAAUUGUCUGGCUGUUGGUGGUCUGAUCUCACAGAGGGAGGGGAGGAAAGGUUCAAGAAAGAGACAAAGAUGGCAGUCAUGUUUGUACUGGUUGGGAAAUGACUUACAGUGCUGAAAUAAAAUUUAUUCUUUUAGUAAAAAAAGUA